AUGUACUCUCAAUCACUUGUUGCUUCUUUGGCCCUCGUUGCAUUUGCUGCGCCGACGCUUUCGACCCCCAUCCCCGCUCCGGUCGCUGGACAAGACCUCGACAUUCAAUCUCGCGGCUUCCUUGACUCGAUCAAGGACGGCUUGAGCAACCUCCUCGGCGGAUUGGGCGGAGGCAGCGCCAACGAUGGAGCUGGCAGCGGCCUCGGCGCUGGUUUAGGUGGUCUCGGUGGUCUCCUUGGCGGACUGGGUGGAGGCAAAGCCGGUGGUGAGGGCGGAAACGACAUCGCCAGCACUCUUCAAACCAUCCUCCCCAUCCUCACCAAACUGUUCGCCAAGCGCGAGCAAGACGGUCUUCUUCCCCGUGGAAUCUUGGAGGACAUCCAGAACGGCCUGGGCCAAAUCAUUAAAGCGACUGCUGGAGGCGCUGGUGCCGGCGCUGGCUCGGGCAACGUGCUCGAGAAGAUUCUUCCCAUUCUCGCAAAACUCUUCAACAUCGGCAAGCGUGAUGUUGAGCUUGACGCACGUGCAUGGACAGACCUGAGCACCGACGAGAUGAUCACUCUGCUCGACUUCGUUGAGAAGCAUCAGAGCUCCAAACGUUCGCUCUCCGACCUCGACGCCGACGAGCUCCAGACCUUGAAGCAAUUCCUGAAGGACACCAAGAACGCUCGCAGCUUGGAAGACCUCGAUUGA